GGGUAUGUUGCUCGGAUACCGCAAUGACGCCGGGUUGUUCCUUGUCACUUUAUUGAGAAUCAAAAACAGUCUGCAUUUAAUUGUCCGGACCCAAUUGCUAACACAGGCCACGAACGUUCGUUGGUUACGGUCAAUGUAGCAAUGUUAAUACAUUUUCAAAAUAGCUUUAUAUUAAAAUAUACAAUAUCAUUGGCUGGAGAAGUGUUACACAAAUAAAACGAGCCCUAGUUUGUAAUAAUCAGAUAAGGAUGAAGGAUUUCAUGCCGCUUUUUAUGUCGUAAAUUUGCUAAAACUUUCUGCCCAGUUAUCAAUGCAAAUCAUUUGGAAAGUUCUGAACCGAAACCUUGACUCUUUGGUAGUAAAAUGCAUCGGAUGUUAGUCUUAUUAAUUGAAAAGAUGAUGUUUACAAAGGCCAUUCUCCGAUUUUUUUUUUUACUGGCGGCCUCCGCUCGAGCCUUCUCAUUCUCCCCAUCAAACUCGAGACCAAGCUCAUCGGCGCAAACGAAAACAACAACAACGAUAUUGAAUAAAGGACAUGUGGGUUUCUGUCAUGGAUGAAUCCUAUGAACUCGAUUUUACGACGCCAAAAUCGAGGAACAUUUUCAUCUUUGUCAGAACCACAGGAAAUCUCAACAGAAUUGAAAAAUUAAAAAAGGAGGUGGUAAGGGGAUUUCCCAACAUAAUCUGAAAAGAACAAGCAUUACUUUGCGCGUACCAAUGAGAAAACACGAUUUUGGUGGACCUCUGCUAAAUUCACAUACCUGAUUUCUGGCACAGCAAAAUGGAAAGUCAAUGGCGGCCGGUUUUCUGGAUUUAGUAACAUUGCUACUCGUCAGUGCAUCUAUGAAAAGCGUUUGAACAUUUAUUCAACAUCCUUGAGAUCCUUCUUAAGGUGUGUCGACUUGAUGGGGCACUGAGGCGAGGCGCAGUGGGAAGUCGAUGUGUGCGGCUUGAGUAUGGAUGGGCAGACUCAGAGGAUACAGCUUGUGUCAGCAGAUAGCACCAUGUCAAUGGGACACCGAAUUCAGGUUGUGACUGAUCCGCAGACUGGCCAGAAGAUCCAGAUUGUCACCGCUCUCGAGCCGGCAUCUCCCGGCAAGCAGCAGUUCAUCCUUGCCAACGCCGAAUAUUCCUCCGGCGGGAAGGUGAUCCUGGCCAAGCAGGACGGCUCCCCCAACAAGGUCAUCCUCACCGCUCCAGACGGCUCGGGGGUUAACCGGCUGCUCUUUGCCUCUCCCGAUCUGUCUGGACCGCAGAUUCAGUUUGUAACCGAGGGCUCAGACCAGUCUUUUGCCAAGCCUAUUGUUGAGUACUGCGUUGUCUGCGGAGACAAGGCCUCAGGGCGCCAUUAUGGAGCCGUCAGCUGCGAGGGGUGCAAGGGGUUCUUCAAACGCAGCAUCAGGAAGAACCUGGUGUACACGUGCAGGGGCUCCGGCGAGUGCGCCAUCAACAAGAUCCACCGAAACCGCUGCCAGUACUGUCGACUGCAGCGCUGCAUCGCCGUGGGCAUGAAACAAGAUUCUGUGCAGUGCGAAAGGAAACCAAUGGACGUGCCCACCAGGGAGAAGUCUGUCAACUGCGCAGCCUCCACAGAGAAGAUAUACAUUCGCAAGAACCUGUGCAGUCCCCUCGCCGCCACACCCACCUUUGUGUCCGACAAGGAGACUUCCAGGUCAACACAUUUGCUGGAGUCAAGCAUGUUGCUCAACAUCCAGCAACCCUUCUCUAAGCUAGAAAACACCAUCUUGAUCCCAGCAUCCCCGGAAAAGCACGACGACCAUUCUCAAGGUGACCUCGGCACACUGGCCAACGUGGUGACCUCCCUUGCCCACCUUAACAAGGCGAUAGAGGUCAGCGACGGUGCCGGCGAGCUGGUGGGCGUGGAUACGCUCAGCAACGGCGACAGUUCUAUGACGGACAUGCAGGAAGACGAGCAAAGCGAUAUCACUAGAGCCUUCGACACGCUGGCCAAAGUUCUGCACUCAGGCGACGGCUCGUCGGCGACCGACCUGGAGGCCACCAUGCAGCUGAUGUCGGGGGACCAGUCGGGCCCGGUGUUGGAGCUGGAGGGUUCGCUGCUCUCCGAUAGCCAUAUUCCUUUCAAACUCAUGAUGCCUGUGCCUGUGCCGGAGUACCUCAACGUCAACUACAUCUGCGAGUCAGCCUCACGCCUCCUCUUUCUCUCUAUGCACUGGGCGCGCUCCAUACCCGCCUUUCAAGUCUUAGGCGGUCAAGAGGACAACGACAUCAACCUGAUGAAAGCGUGCUGGAACGAGCUGUUCGCUUUGGGUCUGGCUCAGUGUUCCAACGUUAUGAACGUCGGGACCAUCUUAAGUGCCAUCAUCAGCCAUCUGCAGACCAGCUUGCAGGAAGAGAAGCUCUCCCAAGACCGGGUGAAGCUUGUGAUGGAGCACAUCUGGAGGUUGCAGGAGUUCUGUAACAGCAUGACCAAGCUGUCUCCGGACGCUUACGAAUAUGCCUUCCUCAAAGCCAUUGUUCUCUUCAGUCCCGAUCACCCGGGGAUAGACAACACUCUGCAGAUAGAGAGGUUCCAGGAGAAGGCCUACAUGGAGCUGCAGGACUACGUAUCUCGGACAUAUCCAGAAGAUUCUUACCGGCUGUCCAAGCUGCUCCUGCGGCUUCCGGCGCUGCGUCUGAUCAGCGCCGCCGUCACCGAGGAGCUUUUCUUCGCCGGCCUCAUCGGCAACGUGCAGAUCGACAGCAUCAUCCCGUACAUCCUCAAAAUGGACUCCACCGACUACAACAGCCAGUCGCUCCCCGGGGUUUGACACCCCUCGCCCCCCCCCCCCCCCCCCCCCCCACUCCUCCUCUUUAGCGUUUAGAAAGACUGGACUGUUCCAGCCAGUUUCCGGCCACCACGUGGUCACCGCGUCUAUUUAUGUGGACCCUCCUCAAGUCGCUCAGCAUAGCGUGACCCUUUCCAAGGUAAGAGUCCGGUGGGUAUAAAAGUGGCAAGUGAGCCGGGCAAUGUGUGCACAAUCAGGACUGAACCAUUGCUAUUGUAGAGUGUGCAUUUUACUGUACAUAAACUAGUAUUUUAUGCUUCGUCUUUGCCUCAAGGCUUUUCUGGGAAACUGUCAAAAAAAAAAAAAAAGAAAAGAAAAAAUUCACGGUUAUGUUAGACAUUUUCUAUAAGCUACUUGCAAAAAGUUUGUGAUGUUGGGCUUUGGGGUGGAAGUUCAGGAUGAACCUAAAAUGCACAACUCCAACUGUUCAAUGUUUCAGCACUUUUUGAAAAUUCACAACAGGUGUUUGAUCCGUGAUUGGACCAAUACAUUUCCGCUUUGCCUUUCUGUGACUCUCAGUCUCUCUGCUGCAACCACUGACACUCUGUGACACUCUAUGACUGGAAGAGUCACAGAAAGACAUACGGGAGAUAGGCAUAGGCUAUAAUGCAUUUUAGGUUCAUCCUGAAACUUCACCCCAAAGCCCAAUAUCCCCAACUUUUUGUGAGUAGUAUACAACCAUGCUGUCCUGUUUUGUUUUAAUUUAAAAAAAAAUCCCUCGUGAAUUUGGAAAGGUUAUAACCUUUUUCUUUUUUUUUUAUUUUAUUUUGUAUUUGUUUGCCCAUCCAAAGGAUAGGACCGACAAUACUGUCACUGUGUGUAAAUAGAACUGUGAAGAGAAUGUACCAAGGAGAAUUUGGUGGAGAGCACUCUGUGAUGAUCACAUCCUGUCUUAUGGACAAAAAAAAAAAAAAAAGAAAAUAUUAAGGCCUCUUCAUUUGAAAAUAAAAACAAGUCUCAAUUGAA